UGUAUGAGUGUGUGUAAUCCCAGCGCUGACCCAGAAAGCGCUCAGCAGUAGCAGCUCGUUCACUCUGACUACAGUCACUGGAGAUACCUGCGCUGCUUUACAGAGACUGAGAACAAGCAAACAGCGUCUCUAGAACGACAAGACUCAUUUGACGUGGAGAAGGCAUGGCUGAACACAUGAUGAUGCCAAUGACUCACGGCUCUGCUGGCGGAGGCCUGCAUGGGUAUCGCAUGGGAAUGAACGGCCCUUCUCCGCACGGACACCAGCCCGGACUGCGGACCCUUCCCAACGGGCAACUCAUGCACUACAGCAGGGGGCCGCAGAGCUCCAUGGAGGUGGCUAUGAGGCAGAGGAACGUGAUGAACAGCGUCAUAAACGGUCAGGUCAAUGGCCAGAUGAGCGGCGGACACCCCCACCAAAUGCAGCAACCCAAUAUGAUGUAUGGAGGUCCAAAUCAGCAACCGCAGGGUCACCCUCAAACCCAGCACCAUCAUAUGCACCCCCAGAGCCAGCACCCACAGCAGUAUAUGGGUGGAGGAGGCCUUACAGCAUCUCAGCAGCUUAUGGCGAGCAUGCAUCUUCAGAAACUCAAUACCCAGUACCACGGGCAUCCACACGGACCCAUGAACGGCCAUCACAUGGGAAACGUCCAGCACAGAAUGGGUCCUGCUCAGUUGGCAGGCAUGCAGAUGGGGAUGGGUGGGCCAGCGUUGGGACACAACGUCAUGGACAUGGACUUGAUUGAUGAGGAGGUUCUGACGUCCUUGGUGCUGGAGUUCGGGCUUGACCGGGUUCAAGAGUUGCCUGAGCUUUUCCUCGGACAAAACGAGUUCGAUUUCAUCUCGGACUUUGUGUGCAAGCAGCAACCAAGCACUGUCAGCUGCUGAAGUUCUGCUUCUGGAAUCAGAGAAAGACUUGGUCGCCAAGAAGAAGCUGGGGCAAGACAAGAAAAGCUAAAACAACCAGGUUCUCCGUAUCUGUGAAGCUGUGCUAUGCAUGUUGUAGAGCACACUGUCUUUCAAUGAGGGAAAAGACUUCUGGAUGUUCUUCAGCACAAUUGUGGCUUUGGCGAGCAGGCCUUGUCUUGUCCCAUUGGUCAUCCUGGAUUGACGGUGACCUAGUGUCCCAGGCUUGAAUGUAACUUCACAUGGUGGAAAAAGAAGUCUGCUCGGAACUUUGCAGAAACUGCUUUGCCUCUUCAGGGGGCAAAUAGAAUCAAUAGCAUUUAGAAAUGUAUUUAUGUAUAACACCUACCAAAAAGCAGACUCGAUUUUCUCAAACUAACCCCACGACUUGUGAUAAAAGACCUCUGAAUGAGUGUGUUAUGUGGGAAUUGAAGGCUGGUACUUCAAAACAGGUUGUCUUUCCAGUAGCUCUUAAUGAUGUUUGAAACGGUAAGGGGGUGGUGAGGUCGUAGCGGUUGGGUAUGAAACAUUCUUCAUGCGCAGUGUUACACUGUACAUUUGGUUAUUUCCAUUCUACUACUAUUAAAAAUUUGACUGCCUAGUGAAAUUUGUCACUUUUAACACUCAUUGUUUUGCUAUGUCUGACUGAAUAUGACCCAAAAUGAGUGUCUCACAUUCACUAUAGGAUGUGUCUUGAUACUUUCAGGAAUAUUUCUGUGUUAGAAAAACUUGCCUGGAAAAUGGUGGAAUGUUUUGUAGCCUCCCUUACCAAACGCUGAGCCUGUGCUCCCUGCUGACGAGUCUAAACUGCCUUAUAGUUUUUUACAUGGAUACUUAUUCACUGUAGACAUUCUUGCCUUGUUCCAUGGAAUGAGGAAGAAACUGCUGUCUUUGUGUGAUUCAAACAGGUGGUAUUGAAACUCCAGCUGUUGUGUAGUGUUUGCUCAUACGCUCCUUAUUGUAGUGAAGAACGUGGACCACAGUCUCCAUUAAGCCACGUGCUAUGUAAAGGAUUAAACCUUCCACUUGUUUCUAAAUUAACCUGAAUGUCAAUAGUUGAACUACUGUUCGAAACAACCACUAACCAUAACACCAAUUUCCUGAUGAGCCAACCUUACAAACUAACAUAAAAUGUUGCUUCCCUCUUCCCUCCCCAAACACUGCAGGUUUAAACCUGAUUACAUUUAAAUUACACUUACAACCUUCUUGUUAAUUGAGGUCAGCAUGGUCAGUCAUCUCAGAUGGCCUGAUAAUUACAAAAUGGACAUGUUCAUUUGCUUGCUAUCGCUCAGGGUGUAAUGAAGAGUUGGGAAUGGCCGGCCUGCUGAGUUUGACAACUUCCUGUGUCGUUAUAUUGCCAGUUCUUGAGUUCUGUGUGGGGGUUGGGUUGGUAUGGAAAUAGCACAGCAUACAGUACUAGUAGGUUAAUCUGUUCCGCCAGAGCCGGGCUCAACUCCCUCGAUGCUACCCUCCCCAGCUCGGGUAAUUGCUGUACGUACGGCUUGGGAUUGUGAACACUUGCCACCGAAAAAAAAAAAAAAGCACAAACAACUUGAUGGGUCAUAUCCUGUGUUUUACAACUCCAUCUUGGCUGAUUGUUUAGGGCUUUGAUUCGUAAGGAACGAGAAAAUUCCAAGUUUGAUUUUGUCAGUCGCAUUUCUCGUAUCAGUAGAGACUGGAACAUCUUCCCCUAUAUCCUUAUUGUGUAAUUUGUGAAGCUUAGAUGAUUAUAAACAAACCACAUCUAGAAACAGAAAAUCAAGUGAUCUGUAGAUUUGUAAUUGAUGAUUGAAUGAUUUUUAACAUUCCCAGUGAUCCAAUCAUGUUCAUUUUUGUUUCAUUCUGUUAAAACUCUUAAACGAAUGCUACUUGAGUUUGUCAAUCUGUAAAUCACCCCGCAGAUGCGUCAGAAUGUCCCUUGCAGGCGCGAUUGUAUGUUCUAUUUCAAACUCUGUGCUGCCAUGUACUGUCGCCAUGCUCCCACAAAUGCUUCUUUUUUUUUUUUUUAAUGUUGUUGAUUCU